CGAAAAGAGAACAGGAAGGAGACUUGCGAUCAAAAUAACCGGACAUUGAUCGCCUCUAUAUAAGUGAAUUCCUACCAGCCUUUCGCAUUGCAGUCUUCACACGACCGAUAGUCGAUAGUCGAUACCCCUCACUCGAGCACGCUUCCAGCUCGUGAUAAAUAACUAAAAUGCCGUCGAGGCAGUCCACUGUUCCCAAUUUAGAUCUUAGCCCUUCCACCCUGCAGGGUAAUGCGAAGAUCUCGUCUCCACUGACGCCCGGCGCCCAAAGCUCCGACGGACCGAGUCCCCUGACACCCCAUUCUCCCAAAUCUUUAUCGAGUUCGCCGUUUUUCAAGGGGGCGACAAUCAGACCUGUCACACAAGAAUCCAACAAUCACAACAAACCCAACAGCCCUACGUCUACCGGUCCUGCCUCUGCGGAACCCGCUACCCCGGGCCUUACUGCCAUCCCCCAGUACCCUCCCUCCCCGAGGGAUUCUCCCAAGCAUACUCGAGACCCGUCUCGCUCUUUCUUCGCCAAUCUCAAAGCUCCAAAAGUGUCACACAAAGCGCAGAGGUCAGACGGGUCUGGUGACUCGGGGGGAAUUCCAAAGAGUCGUGGAAGUUCAAGGGAUCGCAAAACGCAGAUAUCAUCGAAACAGUACGAAUCGACCCCUGACCUGCCAGGCACAAUUGAGCGCGCAACUCAACAAGAACGUGGGAAUCACCCAGAGGAGAAGAGCUUGCAACCACCUGACCUGAAGAAGAUUCCUACAGAGGCGGAAAUCGCCAGUGCAGCUCGAAAAAAUAAACCGCGGUUUGCCAAUCUACUCUCUCGCUCCCGUUCGAUCAGAAUAGACGAGUCUUCUAUGAACAGGAUAGCGAACAGACGGCCAUCUACUAGUCUCAUGAGAUUGGAGGAGUGCAGCAAGCGGGAGGCGCAAGAACCCCCAAAGGCAUCACGUCAUGAUCGCGGAAUAAGGACCGCCGGCAACCCCACAGCGCGCAGCUACACCUCUGACCGACCUGGAGAAUAUAAUAACGGAUCCAUCCGCAGUAACAAAAACCACGGUGGAUCCAUGGUCCCGUCCGCGUCGUUGAGUCAAGUGUCCGGCGCAUCGGCUACACUUUUCAACAACUUGAAGCAGUCCUCCAGCGGUGCGGCAGAUCGCAUUGGUAAGGCCGGCAAAGGGUUUUUCGGGAAGAUCACACGCAGCGGUAGCACUAAUGAGCGCGAGCUGUUCAACGAUGAUAAUUACGUAUGCUCCGUGAUCAACCUGCCUUUGAUACAGCAAGCACGACGGACUCGGAUAGCGAAAAGACUCGAAGACUGCCGGGAUAAGACUGAAUUCUGGAUGCCUGCUUUGCCCUAUCGCUGUAUUGAUUACCUCAAUUUCAAGGGGUGUGAGGAAGAAGGGCUGUAUCGUGUACCAGGCAGUGGCAAGGAAGUGAAACAUUGGCAGAGGAGAUUUGAUACAGAAUACGAUAUCAACCUCUUCGAUGAACCGAAUUUGUACGAUAUCAACACGAUAGGAUCUAUGUUCAAGGCCUGGCUUCGGGAACUCCCAGAUGAGCUGUUUCCGAAAGAGACUCAGGCUAUGAUUGCUGAGAAGUGUGAGGGCGCAACAACUGCUCCACAACUGCUUAAGGAUGAGCUGUCCAGAUUACCGCCUUACAAUUAUUAUCUUCUCUUCGCAAUCACGUGUCAUCUCAACCUGCUUCAUUCCUACGUGGAACAGAACAAGAUGGAUUAUCGGAACCUCUGCAUUUGCUUCCAGCCAUGUAUGAAAAUCGAUGCCUUCUGUUUUUAUUUCCUGGUCUGCGACUGGAAGAAUUGUUGGCAAGGCUGCUGGACAGAGAAGGAAUACCUCCAGCUCGAGAAGGACAUGGACGAGAAGGAAAAUGCCGCUCCGACUCAGGGUCGCAUGUCCCCUCAGAUCCCACCCUCAAUCAGUGAUGAAAGGGCUGUAUCCUCUGGUAGUAGCCAGCCUGCAUUUGAGGAGGAACCACCGCAUCCGGAGACGCCCAAGAUUCGCAAACAUCGGCCUAAGAAUAUCGAAACUGCGCAUACUAGGAGCGUUUCGCAGCUGCCUGAACUUGGACCUCCUCUGUCACCCAUCCAAAUAUGAACGGCUCGUCUUCUCAAGUACAGAACAAACAGGGGAAAUUCUCCCAUAAUUCGAUUGCUCGACCGACCGGGCUGCGCCAAAAGUCGCACUUACUCCCUAUGACUCUGUUUUUAAAGGUUGUUGAACCUGGCAAGGCGUCAUGUGCAGUGUCUCGGACUGGAUCCGCAGAUAA